AUGAAAGGAGUACAUCCUUCCCUUGACAACAACGGGAUUCACGUUGGAGUGGGUCAUCAAACGGCCAUUUCGAUCGUAUCGACAAAAAUCCAACGAUUGAAGAAGCCAUAUCCCGGAAGAUGUAUAGACACCGAGCCGGAAUCAACCAAUCUUUACAAGUCAAACGUAUACGUACUGGAGACGUGCUUUUACAACUGUCGUCAACGCAACACCAUCGAACAAUGUAGUGGACUGCCUGAGAUCACUUCGUGGAGAUCAAGCGUCGACAACGCCAAAUAUCUGCCCGUUGACCUGAUUGUUCCUGUGGUUGCACCAUGCUCUGAGACUUCGUACAUCACCUCUGCCACUAUCUCAAAAUUCCCUGCAGAAGGUUAUUUCGUCGCAACUGAUCCUACACAAGGAGUGGUUAGCGGUUGGCCCUAUGACGAAUGUAGUAUAGUUAUCGCUGUGAAACAGAAGUUAUGCUAUUUUUAG